AUGUUUACCUUUUAUAAUUUAAAAAAGAAAUUAAAAUCGUUUCGAAUUAAAACUUUUUUCAUUUUAAUAUUAAUUAUUUAUAUUAUCUAUAUUUUUCGUGAACAAUUAUUCAUAAAUUCUCCAUGUUCACAUCUAUAUAAUAUUAAUUCAUUUUCAACAUGCGCUUUAUCAAAGAAUAUUUGUAAUAUAACAAUAUUGUUCGAUUCUUACAUUGCCUAUCGCAAUUGUGUUAUUAAAUACUCAUCUACUCAAUCUGAUUACGUAAUAUUUGACGCAGUGAAUGGUUUAGGUAAUCGUAUUCUUGGUUUAAUAUCUGUUACGACUUAUGCUCUUAUAACUAAUCGAGUUCUAUUAAUUAAUUGGCAGCCAGGUGAUAAUCAUCCAGUUUAUUUUGAUGAUCUUUUUUUACCUUUAUCAUCAUUCGAAAAGAAAAUUCCAUAUCAAUAUUCAUUAUCUCGAUUAACGAGUCUUAUUAAAAAUCGAUGGAUAAAUGAUAUUGAAUUGAAUAGAUAUAAUAGUAAAAUACCACAAGAUUGGGCUUUUUAUUUCGAUCGAGAGAUUUUAUGUAAUAAAAAACUAUAUAAUCAAUCAUGGUUUCAAAAAAUUGGAUUUUAUAUUUUAAAUUUAUUUCAUCGUCAUGUUAAAUGGAUUCGAACUGAUCAAUAUUUUAUACCAUUAUUAACACGAAAUGAACAAAUGAGACAAAAUUUUGUAAAAAUUUUUCAAAAUGGACAAGUUUUUGUUGAAUUAGCAAGAAGAUUAUUAAAACCAGUAUCGAAAGUAAAUUUAAUUAUUGAAGAUUUUCAAAAACAAUAUAAUUUUGAAAAGAAAAAUAUAACAAUUGGAGUUCAUAUGCGUAGUUGGUCAUCAAAUAUGAUCGAAUAUAUUGAACCAUUUCAAAAAUGUAUUGAACAUGUUAUACAAAAUGUCACUAGAUCGAGCAAAGAAGAGAUGAAAAUUUAUUUAUAUAUUAUUUCAAAUACUCCGCAACGUCGUCAAAAAUUAGAAAAUCAAUUAUCAAAAAUGUAUAAAAAUUUAGAAAUAUUAAAAGCAUUCGAACCUCCAAAAAAUUCUAAUGUUGUAGAAAAAAUGCAAUAUACUUUAGCAGAAUUACUUAUAUUAUCAAAAAUGCAUCAUUUAAUCAUUACAUCAAAAUCAACAUUUGGUAUGGUUGCUCAAGGUCUAGCAGGUAAAGGUGCUUGGAUAGUAAGACAAGGUGCGAUAAACGAAGGACAAUCGAUUAAAUCAAAUCUUUGUCAAUGGGAAUCGACUAGUGAACCAGAAUAUCAAAUCAAAGGUUCAUUUCGAGAUAAUGAUAGUUGUUCUCAACAUGGUACAUUCUUACCAAGUAUUGGAGAAAGAACUAUUCUAUAA